UGUUUUUAAUUAAUGUGCAACAGGUGUAGCGAUUGUUGAGUAUACAUAGUUAGAUUAUAUGUUAUCGCCUACAAAUUUAUUCGCCGACUCUUGAAAGCGUUCUUCAUUUGUCACUGAUCAUUUGCUAAUGUACGUACUUAUACUAUUAGGCUUGUACAGCGAAUCUUACCUGCGUAAGUUUGAACUGGCGAUACUUUUAUAAAUUACUAGAUUUAUUUGUGGUUCAUGAUCGAUCAAGUGUGAUAAGCUCGAAGAUUACGUAAUUUUACACCGUCCCAAUUUCAACACUUAUUCACGUCGAGGUUUGUAACUUCCCAAAUUUUAGCUUAAUUACACAUAAUUAUCUGUUAUAUCGUUACAAUUUAGGAUUGUUUUACGAAAAUGAUAGUUAAGAUGUCGCCAAUUCCUCAAGUAAUUAUUAUUGUUUUGACAUUUAGUCACGACUUGUCGUUUCUUAUUUUGAAAAAUGUGUAGUCUUGAUUUAUUUAUGCUAUGCAGUAGUUUAUAAUCAGCAUUGUACUUCAAAAAGCAAACUCGUUCAAUAUAUCAUGGGAUAUACAAAGCUGUACUUACUGGGCACCUUGCUUAUUUGCAUGAAUGGAUAUACAGGAGGCUCAAAUCAUCCAUGGUUAAAUACAUGGAAUUCAAAUCCAUUCCAAAGAUUUCAUUUACCAACCGCUGCUACUCCAAGAAGAAGUGGUAGAACAAGAUCUGAAAAAGUUUCAGAAUGCCCAAGUGGUACGAGGCAUGAUGCAAAGCCUGAAUGCAAAAAGAGAGAAUCGGGAGAAGCAGUUGGUUGUCCAAAAAUAACUUGCAAGUUUUACCCGACCUAUGGUGAAGUUGUAGACAGGGGAGCUGACAAAAAAAAUAUUUUUGGAAAAUGGAGAAAAAUUUUAAAAGAAAAGGAUGGAUCAUAUAAGAAAUUUUUCACAGCAAAAAUGUGCAGGUAUCCAAACAAAAUUUGUGAUUGUGAUAAAGGAUCCUGUAACAAAUGCUCUGAUUCAAAAGUAAAAGUAUGCGCGCAAAAGUGGACAAUAAAACACGCGUCAUUUUAUAUCGAAGAUCUCUCGGAAAAUUAUAACAAGUCAAAACCCUUUAAAGUUUCUCCCCGGCAACUGACCCCAGAAGAGGAAAUAGAGGCUAUCAGUAGACAUUUUGGUGGCGCCAGUGAUUUUCGUACCUCAACUGAAAUUCCUAAAAAACCAAUUAGGCUCCCUACGCCUACAUCUCGGUCCCCUAAUCCACCAAGACCACCAAUGCCACCUCUGACAACUAGGCCAAAUAGCGUUCUGUCACCCACAAAAUCAACAUUGCCCACUUCCCCUCUUUCGUCAACACAGGAAACCAAGGAAACCAAUCCUCCUAGACCCACUAGGACACCCUUCAUUAAUAGGGCAUCGAGACCACCCAUGACUGUUCAACCAAUAUUGGUAUGGUCAAGAACUCCAAGACUAUCAUUUCAUGAACAAAUGCAAAUUCUCAUGUGGCAAAGAUUUUUGUUUGCAAUGACAUUUCAUGGACAUCUUUCAUCAACGAGUACGCGGCGUCCACGCCAGCGUUCUCAGUCGAAGCGAGAAAAAUCCAAAUCUAAACCGAGGAGUUCUGAUGAAAAAAGAAAAGUUAGAUUGGCAGUCAGAAUUCCCAGUGGGUGUUCAUGCAAAAUUGUUGACUGAUAUCAGAGAAGCAAAGUACGGCUGUAUUUGCGCUUGAAUGUAAUUUUGCUCUUGAAAGUAACGAACAAGAAAUGCAAACCUUUAUACUCUGCAAUCCAAGAUCUGCGGACAUCUUUAUAACAAAAACUCCUUUCAAAAUAUAUAUAUUUUCUUUGUUAUGAAGGCUUCUCAAAUAUUGUUCCCAAUAAGAUUUUUGGUACUAAAAAAAUGUGCAAGAUAACGUUGCUUCCAGCUUCAGCCUACUAGUACUGACAAACCCAACCCUUUAUAAUUUAUUUUAUUUGUUACACCAGAUUCAGAUAUAGCCUAUAUUGUUUUAUUUUAUGAUACAUAUGUAGUCUAUUUUAUUAUAUGUUCUCUUGACAAUGUAUAGGUUCAAAUUUUUUGAACUCAUCCUUCUACAGAUUUUUGUUUUUAUCAUCUUCCCUCGCAAACAUCUCAUUUUUGCCGAGUUGAAAAUUAGUCAAAAACCCAAAGAAUUUUUUUCAAACGAGGUGAUACUUUUACGCAUUAAAUUGCGAAGAAAAAAUUCCAAGAGAUGGAAAACUGAUGCUCACAACCACAAUACUAGCAAUGACUAGUUUCAGAAGAAUCUAAAUGCAUCUUGGAGAAAACGAAAAUGACAUAUUUCGAUUUUCUGUUUAUUUGAACAGUGCAUAUUUUGCAUCAAAUAAAUAUAAUCACACUGACAUUUUCAAAAAAAUAUUAAAAACACAGAAAAAGACUCUUAUGUGACAUAUUGCUAACAUAUUAAAAUUUUGUCAACACCAAAUGUCUGCACUUUAGUACAGGAUAUUUUUCUAUCAUUUACUCUACGAAAAUUGAAAUCGAUAUUGGCUUUUUUACCAGAAAACGUACAUAGGCCGCUAGGUGGUUACAGAAACUUUAAAAUAAUCCGUCGUCGCAAAUUGUAAACAAACGAAUAAGCGCCCGCGUUUCAGGCUGUCAACCUGCUGAUUUCUCGUCCGAACGUUGGAACGAAAAGCCUUUCGUGGAAUGAAUAAAAGUGAAAAACUAGCCUACAAAAAAAGUAAGUUGUUUUUAGACAUUUGAAUUAUUUUAUAUGGGUUUGGUCUGAGGGCCCUCAUUGUAAUUAAAGAUGAGACUGGAACUGAGAUUGGCAUAUUCUGGUCAAAAUUAGUACAGCCUAUUCUGUUAGGCUGAGGAUAAGAUUGAAAUUUAAUACACGUACAAUUUCAAGUUGGUGUUUGCGGUUUACGGCAUUGGCAAUCAGUAUA